UCAUUCUGAUUCAGUAUACAUGCACAAAAAAGAAAAGGUGGAGCAGAGAAGCAUUUACAUUUGUGCUGGGAUAAUACUCACCAUGGCCGUCCUUUGAGCUUUUGAGAUAACUUUGGAAAAGUAUUUGGAAUAAUCUGACAGUUUAACCAACAAGCUGAAUAUCUGAUUUGGGCAGAGAUCACUGGCUGAGGACCUUCAGUGAUAAAUUUGACUCCUGUGCCUCACAACAUCUAAUGCAAAUCCUGAAACUGAACUUUCUCUGGACGUUCCUGAAUGACACCUUAUCUCCUCCAUCCACCUCCAUCAUCCUGCAUGCUGCCUGUCACGAUGCUGGGCUUCCUCAUGCUCAUCUUUUCAUUGUGUGAUGCUCUUGAACUAAAGACAAAAAACAGUACUCAUGUCAUGUCUUCAAGUGAGGGCACUAAUAUUAUGUUGACCUGUGAAGCUGUGGGAAACCCUCAUCCUGUCUAUAACUGGACUUGUGAUGGGGAAAAUAUGUUGGAGAACACAAACAGUCUCAAUAUCACCCUAGUAAAACGCAACACAACCUGCACCUGCACAGCUACCAGUUAUCUAGGAAACAUAACUAAGACAUUCCAUGUUCAUGCUGAACCAAGAGGUUGCCCUUUAACACUGACAGCUUCUGAAAUUGUUGUGAAAUUUGGAGAUCCAAUUUCAAUCAACUGCAGCACAUCAGCCACAGAUGUUGAAGGAAUGGGCUGGGAGGCUCCAUUUGGAGGAACAGGAUUUGAACGUCCUCCUGUUGUCACUUGGAGGGUUGACCAAGUGGAAGAGUGGACUCCAAGUCCUUCCUGCUAUGCUACUUUGGUUGAUGGAUCACAGUGUACUGUGAGUCCACUCAUCACUGUUUAUAAAACUCCAGACUUUGUGUCAGUGUCUGACAUGGAUCAUGGUCCAAUGGUGGAGGGCAGAGAGCAUGAUCUGAAAUGUGAUGUCAUCAAUGUGGCUCCUGUACAGAAUCUCACAGUGACGUGGUACAGAGGCAAUGAAACUGUGCAAACAGAGACAUUUAAUCACUUCAAUAUGACUCCAGUAAACACAUCUUCUACUCUGAGAAUCUCCCCUAAGAGAGAUUACAGUGGAUUAACUUUUAGAUGUGAGGCUGAGCUGCACCUCGGACCCAAAGGACCACAGUUCCUCCCUAAUAUAUGUUCACCACCUUACACUGCUGUUGUUCUCUAUGCCCCUGAGUUCAAAAAAGGAAAUGAAAGCAAGGAGGUGCUCCAGGGUGAGGAUGUUACUUUAAGCUGUAGUGCUGACAGUAACCCGCCCUCAAACAUCAGAUGGAUCUACACAGCUGCUGUAAAUUCAAACGUGACCACUGAGGGACAACAGAAGAUUAUCAGUAUCACAGGAGUCACGUCUGCCAAUGCAGGCAUUUACAUUUGUGUUGCAGAGAAUGAAGCUGGGAGAAAUACACGAUUCGUCUCACUGGUGAUUAAAGAUAAAGUCCCUUUGCUAGUCAUUGGAGUGUUGCUCGCUGUAUUUGCCAUUGGCCUCAUCGUCCUCCUGGUCUUUAUUUACUAUAGAAACAGGCAUUUUUUUCUUGACACAGUAUCAAAUGCCACAGAUGUCCCUCUUACACCAGCCAGUAGUAAUGCUUAGGAUAUUUCCUGCAUUAUGAAAAAUGAAGUAAAAUUUUAAUUGCAUAUGUAAUUUAUGAUUUGUCCUACAAGUCAAUCAAUAAUAUUGUAUAAAUGUACAUUUAAUUUUUCCAUAAAUUAAUUAGUUGAAUUAAACAACUUCAUAUACCAGAAAACAAAUAGCAGAAAUAUCUAAAAUAAUAGGAAGGUUAUGCUUCAGCGAUAAUAAUGUUAUGUACAUGUCUGCUAAACAGUGCACGAAACUGCUGUAAAAACAAUUAACACUAA